AUGUCGUACAUUGAUUUUCGAUCUUCUCCAUGUUGGGUAAUGAAUGCUGGAGACGUCAAAAUAGAUAUUAUUAUGAUCGCUAUUGUUUGCUUCGUCCGUUACCUUCCAAUUAUCGAUCCGGAUUAUGUCUCUACUUAUGAUAAGUGUGAGGUCAAUCCAGCUGUUACCACUUACUCCUGCGAAGGCUGUGGAAGCAAUUUUACAAACACCAGAGGCCAAAUAUUUUCUCCUUAUUAUCCUGAUAUCUAUCAUGGAACUCUCAACUGCGCUUACACUAUUGGAAAAGCUGGGCAGUUCAUAGGAAUACAGUUUGAUGAUAAUUUUAGUGAUCAUGCUAAUUCAAACGGAAACCAGAAUUGUGCAUCUGCUUACUUGGAAAUAUACCAGGAAGACGUAUUUGAAUCUAACAGACAAGGCAAAUACUGCGACAGUAAUACACCAGAAAGUCGGACUUUACUUGGACCGGUUACGAUAAGGUUCAUUAAUUCUAACGCAGAUACUGCUCAUGGAUUUGAAUUAAAAUAUGAAGUUUUAGAUUGUGGUGGCAUUCUUACUGAUCCACGAGGUGUGAUAUCUUCUCCCUCACACUACGACUUACUUCACUACUGGGACUGCAUUUGGCAGAUUACAGCUCAACCUGACAGAGUGAUAGCUCUCAAAUUUUCUAAUUGGAAUCUUAAGCCAUCUGCCGGAUGUGUGCGUAAUUCUUUAGAGAUAUGGGAUGGAAAUGUUACAGGACCUCUUAUUGGUCGCAUUUGCGGUAAGGGUAGAAUAACUUUCAAAUCAACAGGAAACCAACUGACUGUGCGCUACCGUUCUACAUCGGAGGACACGAGCAACAGAUUUUCGGCCUUUUAUUACAAUACAUACGGUGUCUCUCAAGGUUGUGGCGGCAUUCGUAACAUAUCGAAUGGAGAACUUGGGGAAAUAGUGUCUCCAGAUAUAAAUUCAGAUGGAUUUUACGAAUCUAAUCUGGAUUGUAGUUGGCUGAUCGUCAGUUCAUCUCCUGACCAAGUAAUUUUACUGAAUUUCACUUCUUUCAGCGUAGAAGACCAAAGCAAUAACUCUUGCGUUUUUGAUUACCUGGAGGUGAGAGAUGGUAUAUCGAAAGAUAGCCCUCUCAUAGGCCAUUAUUGUGGCUCCAUUGCUCCGUCACCUAUCAUAACAUCCGGAAACAAAGUCACCGUCAUUUUCCACUCAAAUGAUGACAUAAACUUGGCUGGAUUUGCAAUCAAUUACUCUCUAGUUCCAU